AUGCAGUUUGGGGGAUUCCAAAAAUCCGGAUUUCUCUCAUACGAUUAUUCGGGUAAAAUCCGAGGUGUACCCGUCUCUCACUUUUCGGUUCCAUCUCUUCUCUAUGCUAACGUGUCUUAUUAUCCGGAGAACCAAGGCUUUUGUACUCCUCCGGGUAAUUCACCCUGUGUACCAAACGGACUCCUCAAUGUAUCAAACUGCCAAGCUGGCAAUGCACCGAUAUAUUUUUCUUCACCACAUUUUCUCUUUGGAGAUCCGUCACUCUUUGCUGCAGUCAGUGGAAUGAAUCCUGUACAAUCAGAACAUGAAACAUCAUUUGAUAUUGAAAUGUUAACGGGAAUUGCUUUUCAAGUGAUGAAUCGUCUUCAAGUUAACGUGAAAGUUGGUCCUAUGUUGCAAAUGACUGAUGCCAGGAGGGUAAAAGAAGCGUAUUUUCCAAUUUUGUGGCUGAAUGAGUCAUCUACAAUCGACAAAUUCAAUGCAGAUUUCUUCAUAACAGACGUAUUGGUCCCUCAAUAUAUUCUUCUUGGUAUCAUCGUGGUCUUCAUAGCGGUAGGUGGUGGGCUCUUCGUCGGUUCCUCCGUGACAUUCGUCAUCUUGAUGUAUAAAAAGCAGAAAUAUAAAAGCAUGAAAUCGAACACGAAGGAGGUUCUGGUUAAGUCCUAGUGACGUUUUCAUCAUCAUCAGCAAGGAAAUCAAAACGUGUCGAAAUCAACAAUCAUUACGUCAUCUUUUCCACGAUAACGCAUUCUUAGUAUACAGCGUGUCUCUAAAAAAAAGUAAACCCAACUUCAACAGCAAAUUUUCAGCAAACUAAAAAAUAUUUACACAUUAUUUUUUCAUGGUUAGAUAGUCCAAUAAGUCCUCUGUCCAAUUAUAUCACUUAGGUUAUCUAACUCUCAUGCAUGACUGAGCACGAUUCAACUUAGUGAACUGGUGUCAAAUCAUCACUGUGGCAAGUUAUUUCUUGUUAUUGUCAUGCAUUCAAGGCCUAUUUGAAGUUAAAUGUUUGUCACAUGUUAGGCCUAUGAUUAAAUCAUCACUGUGGCAAGUUAUUUCUUGCUAUUGUCAUGCAUUCAAGGCAUAUUUGAAGUUAAAUUUUGGUCACAUGUUAGGCCUAUGAUUACAUAACAACUUCAGCAAAGGUUGUUCCUAACACAGGCACACUUCACAUGCUUUCCAAACAUGGUAGCUCGAUACCAGAAAACAAGAAGUUUCGUGGAAGUUCAAAAGGCUUUUCGGGUGCAGUUCCCCGAGAGGCAGCCUCAAACAAAAGGGCCAUCUGGUACAAUGUGAGAAAGUAUAAUGAUCACGGAACCAGUUUAACUUCAAAUAGGCAUUGAAUGCAUGAAAAUAACAAGAAAUAACUUGCCACAGUGAUGAUUUGACACCAGUUCACUAAGUUGAAUCGUGCUCAGUCAUGCAUGAGAGUUAGAUAACCUACGUGAUGUAAUUGGACAGAGGACUUAUUGGACUAUCUAACCAUGAAAAAAUAAUGUGUAAAUAUUUUCAAGUUUUCUGAAAAUUUGCCGUUGAAGUUGGGUUUACUUUUUUUAGAGACACACUGUAGACUGU